AUGGAGAUGGAGGAUGAUGAUGGGGAUGAACAGGAUGGUCAAGAGGACAGCAAGGGUGAGCAGGAUCAGGAAGUGGAGGAUGAGAGUGAUACUGACGAGGAGGAGUUCGACAUCGACAAGAGCAUUGAUAUGUCAAAAGCGUUUGACUGUAUAAGCAGGCCACGGCUCAUCUCGGUGCUGGGAUCGUUCUUGCAGCCGGAUGAAAUCCGAAUGAUCAGUUACCUCCUCCAGGACACCGUACUGCGGGUUGUACUCCCAUCCGCUAAGGGCCCGUCAUUCCCCACUCUCCGCGGCACACCCCAAGGUGACUCGUUGUCUCCUGUUCUUUUCAUUGUGUACCUUGAGGGUGCGCUGCGUGAUGUCCGGCCUCUUCUUCUACCACGUCCCCCUGCCGAUAUCUCCCUGGGGUUACCAACUGAAACUGCCUACGCCGACGAUGUGGAUUUCGUGACUACUGAUGGUGAGAGGCUGAGGACCCUCCUUCCAACCAUAUCCAACAAGCUCCUCGAAUGGGAUUUGAAAGUGAAUGAGACCAAAACAGAGCACACGCACAUCGAACGGCACACUGAUCGCAUCGAGGAGGAGUGGCGAACCACCAAGAAACUCGGGUCCCUAUUAGGUGAUGCCGAGGAUAUGCUACGGCGACAGCAACUGGCAACUGUUGCCUUUGGUAAACUCUGGACGCUGUGGAUCCGAACGAGAGGCUCUAUGAGCGUACCGGCGCGGUUCCUCUCGGCAAUAUCAUCUUGA